UGAGGAUGCGCGAGCAUGACGCCGUUUCUAUAACACAGGCGUUGGUUACGAAGGUGGAUGUCGUAGAGCAUAUUUCUGGAAUAUAAUGUAAAAACAUUAGGAUGAAUGACUCUCCGGGAGGAGGUCCAUCACAAGCUGAGUUGGAGGAGUUGACCAUUCUCCUCGAGAACCGGACGUUUGUAGACUUCUUUAACACUUUCCUUUGUCUGCCGGUGUUUGGCCAGCAUGUCCUCUACAAUUUCAUGGAGAUGGAAUUUGAGUUCGAGCCUCCGAUCAAGAACAAGAGAAAUCUAUAUCUAGAUCGUCGAGAAGUUCUGCGAUGGUUAUGUACGGAAAGAAUGAGACAGUUCAAGAGGUCACCUCUGUAUACUGAAUACAGGUUGUGCUUACAGCUGAGGAGCACAAGUGUUGAUUUACCCGGGUUUACAAUGGGAAGUCAAGACUCUGUCGUAUUUACUCGGAACAUCAUAGGAACAGUUCAAGGAAUGAAGUUAUUUCGCGAGUCGCUGCGAGGGACUGGAGGAGAGAACGUUUAUAGGUGUUGGAAGGAUAUAGAGGCAUGGAGACUCAUGGAUGACCCUGUGAAAAAACAGGCCUACAAACAAACUAUAUAUACUAAAUACACCAACGAAACUAGUGACACAGAAGUGGUCAGUAAUCUUAAAAAGAAAGCGUUCCAAGGUAUCUUCAACUUUGAUCUCGUUCCUGAAAGUGAUAUAAUGCAGCAAAUACUCGAAUCUGUGACUAACACAUCUUUUCGUUCAUUUGUUGAGUCGGAUGAAUCAGUUAUGAAUUUGCAGACGAUACAGCUUUGUGUACUCCGGAAUUAUUGGUUGCCAAGACAUCUUUUGCAUGUAGUUCAAAAUUUGAAAAAAGAGACGCUUGAAGUUCUUAUGAAACCUGUGCCUGGUGACGUGGAGUGUAUAGGACUAGAGCGACGAUUUCGUUGUCGGUAUAUGUUUCCGAAGAUCGACAAAGAUAUAGAUAUAAAUUCUCCAGCUACCACCGUUAUCGUGUCCAAGUCCGCAAAUGACCUGAAUAUAAAACCAUCAGUCCAGUCUAUGUCGUCUGCGGAAAGGGAAACUAUCGGAGAAGAGGGGAAACGCAAAGCAAAAACAGGCGAUCUUCAAUCAUUGUUGAAAAGUCCAUUGAAAGAAGCUCAGGUUGAAUGCGAAGCAUCAUUAAGUUCUCCAUCUCUACCGGAACUGACGCCGGAGAAUGACGAUACCGAGGGGUCAGAACAAGACAAUAAUGUCCAUAUGAAUGUCGUUAGUCCUAUUUCAAAUGUUCUGGCAUCGUAUAUUGGCGGAAAGAAACGAGCGUUGAUCGGAAAUAUUCCGGACGCAACGAAUAAGAUGAUCUGGAGCCUGGCCUCCGAUUCAUUUGCUAGUGGACCUUUUCAUCAAUAUCUGGAACAAAACUGGAAAGAUACAGACUUGAAAUAUUUGGAGUUUUGGAACGAUGUGAGGAGAUAUCUUGAUACAGAGGAACAUGUUAUUGAUAGACUUGGACAAUCCAUUAAGCUUCAGCUGGCUCACAAGAUAGCUAACACAUAUCUUUCUAAAGAAGAAGACGAAAGCAGCAUUUUCUCUGAGAGUUUGAAAACGUCUUUAUUUACUGCAAUCAGUACCAAAAACGACGUCUCCUUGCUUUGUAUGACUCAAGAUAUUGUUGAAAAGAACUUGCAGGAGACACUCAAUUUAUAUGUUGCUGCUGACAGAGAGCGGUUUUUGAAGCAAGUGCUAGGUGACCGGUGCCAAUUAAGUAGACGGCAACGGCACGCAAUAGACCACACAUCAUCAUACCGAGUAAAGUCUGCCAGAUGUUCUGCUGAUAUAGAUCCAGAGUAUUUCUUCAACUGUGUAACCCUUGAUUCAGAGUCUUCAAGGUUAUCUUCAGACUGUCCCACAAUGCCGUCCGACUAUUCCACUUCUCGUCAAGAAUCUUCGUACCAAGCGAAAAUUACCGAGGAGCAAAUGUUAAAGGCGAUGGAAUCAGCUGUACUUUGUAGCGAAUAUGGUGAACCUAUGAUGAAGUCUCAAUACCUUAUUGAACCGUCACAGCUUGUUCAAAUCCUAUACAGUGAUUAUGGCAGUUUGCAUUUAGUUCGACAUCCGACCGUCCGCCACAAGUGGCUAAGGAGUUUGCUGGAGAAGCCAAAGAUAGAUAUAGAUACAAUCAGAGUGUCAAAGCAAGUACUCUAUGAAAGGAUUGAUAUAUCCAAGUUCAGAAAACCAGAUGCUGUUCCUAGGAAUAGAGGUCGAAUGGUAAGGAGGGCUGGUGUCGUUGUCGAAAGACCUCCUAAACCAAAGUCAUUGAUAGAGGUGCUGACAACUCAAGUCCAGUUCGAUUAUUUCAAGAAAUUUUUGACAAUGCAUAAAGUGACUCAUCAGCCAAUUUUGUUUUGGAAGGCUGUUGAAAAACUUCAGGAAAUGAGUAAUGGUAAACAACGACAGAGCCGGGUCACGCAGAUAUGUAUAAAAUUCUUCGGCAAACAUGCCAAAUAUGGUUCGGCUCUUCAAUGCGAUGACGAAAUUAUACGUCAAAUACCACAUUUAGAGAAAGUCACGCCGGGGAUUUUAAUGUGCGCUCAAGCUGCCGUAUUUAGGACCAUAGAACGAAAAUGGUACCCUAUGUAUUUAGAUACUUUCCCUCCGGAUUCCGCGAAAUCUAAAGAGAAUACCAUAAGCUUUUCUUUAAGGACAGGUCUCGUAAAGAAUUUCGAGGAGGCCGCAAAGUUAAUUGACAGAACUAAGAAGGCCAAGAAACGCACACUUGGCAGUAGGCGAACGCUGGCGCUGUGGAAGAACUUUUCAUCAGCGCUAACAAGUUUUGUUAAAGCAACAAACUGUAGAACUGAGAUGCAGUUAUUUGAGAUGUUCCUCAAGUACGAAGUAGAACGAGAGAAACAGGUGGCACCAAAAGAACCAACAAGUCAAUUAGCUCAACACGACAGAAGUACAAUGAUGGCAAACGUGAGCACCAAUGUCCAGACGAGAGUUGUCGUCUGCAACAGACUUAUCAGUAUGAACAGAUUGCCGGCUGAUUUAAGAUUUUGGCUAGAGGUCAGAAAGUAUCAGUACCUCGUUGACAAUGCCUCUCAGAGGAAGAGCGUUUCUACUCUAGAGACAGAAUUCCUUAUAGACAAAGCAAAUUCUAUUAUAUCCUGCUUUCUUUCCUCGGAAAUAUUACCGAGAGUACAGAUAAACGUUCCAAAUGAUUUGGCCUCAAACAUAAUCAGCAGUGUAGCCAGUGACGGUCCAAAACGAGGCUUAUUUCACGACGCUUUUAUUUUGAUUUUUCCUGUUCUUUACCACUUUUAUCGCAAGUUCUCAAAUGACUGGAUGAAGGGUAACAUACCGGAUGACUAUUUUGAUUCGAUAGAACAAACGCUUAAUGAUCACGUGUCAACUAUCCCUCAUCAGAAUGCGGACGUCGUAGAUUACACAUCAAUAGAUACGGAUAAAAUUAAAAGAAGUACUUUUACGUCAUUGGACGACAAUACUAUGAAAUUACGCUUCUCACUAUCUGAGGGUAUCACGCUGUUAUAUCCCCAAGUCCAAGGUAAUAAAUCGCAAACAAAACAUAGCAUACACACGCUUCACGAAGAAACGUCUCAACAUAGAGACAGCAAAGGUGGUCAUGGCGAUAAGAAGGCUAGCAAACAUUCCCUGAAGAGCGGAGAUAAGCGCCAAAAUAAUUUAGAUGGAAAGAAAUCAGGUGAAAAUGUUAAAGACAGAAAGAAAUCUGCGAAAAUCGUGGUGAAAGAAUCCGACCAAAGUCCACAAGGUGGUGAUAAAGAAAGACAUGGGUCGAUUGAUAAAGCCAGAAGAUUGAGUUUUCUUAUUGAUUCCUUGAAUAAGGAGAAAGAGGCAAAGAUAAAAGAGCAGAAUCGUCUUUUUAGCAAGCUAAUGUCAUUUAAUGAAGUAGUAUCGGCAGCUUUAGCAGAACUGUCGGAGCCGAGUUCAGCACUGUCUGUAAAUGAAAGUUCUAUAGUUAAGUCCUAAAUCGUAUUAUCUUUAAUAUCGACAUGUAUAGUGUUUAACAAGCAAACUAAUAUGUAGUGAUUUUCCCUUAAUAUGUCUUUAAAAUUAGGUUGUCUUAAUGUUUAUACAUUUUUUCUAAAUACUUGUAUAUUUGUUUUAACACAACUGUUUUCAAUGUGACAAUAGUAAAACAUGUAAAUAAAUCUUGAAAUCAUAA